GGUGCCACGUCAACUUCACGAGACUCACGUGUUUUGUUUUGGUAUGAAGUCUGGUGGACUGCGUGAAGUUUAACUAACAACAACUUUUCUUUUACUGUUUUCUCUCCUCUUCGGGAUCCCUGGAACAAUGUUGUCGGCAGAUGUUUUCACCUCUUUCCCCGGCCAGAUGUGGGAGAAGGUGCUGUCGAAGGUAAACAAAGCGCUUGUUUUCAUGGACGACCCGUGUGCUGAGAGCCUGCACUGGAGCGGAGGAGCUGCUCUACUGGUCAGCGCCGGAGCCCGCAAUGUCAAGCGCUUUUCCAGCUUCGAAGCUGGAGCAGACAACGAGCCCAAAGCGGUGUUUGUGGUCAGCACGCUGCUGAAAGGAAGAACGGCGGACAUUAUAAAGGACAUCGUGUCUCUCAGCCGCUUCCGGUACUGUGUGGUGAUGACCGCUGUGCCGCACUCUCUGCACCUGCUCGCUGACGGAGUGUCCGGUGAGAUGGAGGGCAAUGUGGCGUUUACACGCUUUGAAGAGAAGCUUCGCGGGUGGAUGGGAAACGCCGAGUAUACAGCCGAGGUCUUGCAUGCUCCUCUGCACUUCGCCAGAGCUUCCUCUCAGCUCCUGACCGCUCCAGCCUUCGCCGAUCUCUUCCCGCUUUUGGACACAGAUCUCACCUCCAUCAACAGCAAGCGCCCGGAGAAACGCCGCUUCGCCAGUCUCACCGACCUGGACAUGCAGUCUCUCCCUAACGAGCUGCAGGUUAAGAUCAGAGCUCUGGCUUGGUCUCUAAACACCCUCUUCGAGCUGACUAACACGCGAGAGGAAAGCUUCACCGUGGGCCCCAUGAGUCGCCUGAUCGCGGCUGAGCUGGCCAAUCAUCCACAGGCUAAAAACCGGAGGAAAUCCUCCGCACAUAAAGCCUCUGUGGUCUUCAUUGACAGAACUCUUGAUCUGACAGGAGCGGUGGGACAUCACGGUGACAGCCUGGUGGAGAAGAUCUUGUCUGUUUUGCCUCGGCUGCCGGGUCAUGUGACCGACGUUCAGGUAGACAUGCUGGAGCUGACGCAUCUUCAGCGCACACCUGAGGCACAGGGAGUCGUAGCACCUGGCUGCCUGGGACAGCCUCGGUCUGCUGCAGCGCGGUCGCUAUGGGAGACGAUGCUCGUCGCUAAGCAGAAGGAGGCGGUGAUGGAGGUGAGGAGGCAGCUUGUGGAGGCGGCCAGCAAAGAGAACCUGCCAAUCAAAAUGAGUCUGGGGCGUGUGACAGGUGAGCAGCUCUCCUCGUAUGUGCAGUUGUUUCGGGACAGUUGGUCAGCAUUAGAGAAUCACUGUGGCUUGCUGCAGUUGGCACUCGGCACCGCUCAGACGCUGCGCCACCCCGCCCUCGCCCAGUGGGACGCCUGCCUGGCCUUUGAGAGACUCCUCCUUCAGGCUCUGGGAGAGUCUGACCUGGCAGACGUCCUGAAGCAGUUUCUUCCCCUCAUGAAGUCCAGAAGCGGCACCGAGGCUGGUCCGGAGUCGGGUUCUGCUGAUUUCGGCGUGGAACAGUUACUGCUGCUGUUGGUGUACGUGUACUCUCUGGCUCAGGAGACGCAAGCGAGUGGAACGGAGGAGGAGGAGAAGGUGGAGAGGGAGAUGAUCGGGGCGCUGACACUGUUACUCACCCAGCAGACCACGCUGAGUCCUUUACUGCAGGGGAUCACAGGAGUCUCUAGUCCUGAGGAACUGACGACAGAGCGUGCACACACAUCCCUGCAGCGCGUGUUCAAGACACUGAGCAGUGUGGGCCGAGCCCGGGAGCACCUGAAGCAGCUGCACUCGGUGUACAGCGCCAGUGACGGGGCACAUCAGGCCACGUAUCGUCCGUUCAUAAAGCAAGUCCUGGAGGAAAUCUUCAACCCAAGCCGACCUGAGUGCCCAGAUAUCGAGCAUGCUUCUGGAGGACUGACUGAUCUGCUAAAGACGGGUUUCAGCAUGUUUAUGAAGGUCAAUCGGCCCCAUCCAAGUGAUCAUCCGUUGCUGUUUCUGUUCAUGGUGGGCGGAGUCACUGCAUCAGAGCUCCGGCUUAUCCGUGAGGUUGUCUCCACCCAUAAAGCAGGGACACAGGUUUUGGUGAUCUCCACGAGGCUGCUGAGACCAGCUGAUAUUCCACACCUGCUGUUCAGCACUGACAGACUCUCACCUGAUAUAGGAGUGUGAGAAGUGAAAGAAGACCACACACACACACACACACACACACAAGCAUACACAUUCCCAAAGACACACACAAGCAUUUUUCUUCCUUUUUUUCCAUUUUCCAUGUACCAGAGACCAAAACACAAGUGUUUCACUAAGACUAAAAACAAUCAGAUCUUAACUCACUGACGUCCAGGUUAAAGUGGUUUAUUGUAAAUCGAUGCUAAGGGCACUUCUUAAAGUGUACAAAGUUGAUCAAAUUGUUUGGUUUGUAAAUUGUUGCAUGUUGAAAUAAAAUUGAGAAUAAUAACAGCA